AUGACAGGCUCCACGGUCGAGGACUUGUAUAAAGAUUCCGAGGUCAACAUACAAAAGAUCAUAUCUAAAUACGAAAUCCUGCCACCGGAUGAUUCUGUCAAAACCAAAGACAUCAAACUUAAAAAUGCCUGGGUCCGAGUCUUCACACCCCCAUCAUCAACGGGAAGCGAACUAGUCGGCCUGUUCAUGCAUGGCGGUGGAUGGAUUAUGGGAAGCGUCGACCACGAAGAUGCUGCAUGCCGACAUAUCACCAAGAGCACCGGCAUGAAAGUCGUCAGUAUUGGAUACAGACUCGCACCGAAAUUCAAAUUCCCCCACGGUCUCAACGACUGUGUCGAGGCAACCUUGUGGACACUCGAGCACUUUUCGCUUUCAUCUGUUGUGCUCAUGGGAGGCUCGGCAGGUGCCAACCUUGCUUUUGGUGUCGCAUUGAGACUCGUCGAUGCCGGGGUUGGAGAUAAAGUCAGAGGUAUCGUGGCUUUGGUUCCUUGUACUGUGCACCCGGAUGCAGUACCGGAAGACAAGAAGGAGCACUUUACUGCUCACCAGGAAAACGCUUACCACACUGUUAACACAUCGGCUGCGAUGAAAUGUUUCCUGGAUUCCUAUGCUCCGCCGCCUGCUGAUAAAUAUUUCUCAGUUCUGCUGCACCCGCGCUUGAAGGAUCUGAAGAAGGUGUAUAUUGUGGAAUGUGGGACGGAUACACUGAGGGAUGAUGCUCGACUGUUAAAAGGAGCCCUGGAGGAGGCUGGUGUACCCAUUAUGUACGAUGAUUAUCCCGGGUAUCCCCAUUAUUUCUGGUCAUAUCCAUCUCCGGCUCUGGUGAAGGCUUCGGAGGAGUUUCACGCGAACAUGUUCCGUGCGAUCAAAUGGAUCAAUAUGGAGUGA